UUAAAAACGAUUAUUUUUAUACGUUGUAUUAAAAUGAAUUUAUUAAAAUGUUCGGCUGAUUGCCGACCGCUAGUGCGUUUGGUGCGCGAGAACUCGAAUCCAGAGUAUCCUGAGUAUUCAAGCUUUUUAUCGAGACUAAAAACAUUUGAUUCACAUCCAACGCAAUCUCGUCAAGAUAAAUAUUCGCUGGCCGAAUGCGGAUUCACUUAUACCGGAGCUGACGACUUGGUUCAAUGUCACUACUGCGGCAUAUUGUUGGGGAAAUGGGAGGAAAAUGACGAAGUGUGGCAACAACACGCCUUGCACAACCCCGAAUGUGUAUUCGUAUUAUUAUAUAAAGGAGCGCAAUUUAUUGAAAAUGUGAAUAAUGAAUUUAAUGUCAAACGUAAUACCCGUGAUAAUAGUCAAGGCCGUAGAUGUAAAUCGGAAUCGUAUGAUGUUGUCGGCUAACAUGCAGCUGUAUAAAAUUAUGUAUAAUGUAUAUUUUUCAUGAAUAAAUAUGGAAUUCUUUAAACAAUUAA